CUCACUCGCACGUGACAAAUCUGCGAGCCUGUCUUCUUCAUCUGAUAUUCUUGACUUCUGAUCGACUGCUAGUACUGCCACUGCUCUCUCUCUCUCUAGCUCUCUCCACCUAAAGCCCAACAAGAACCCCAUUAACCCUCACAGCCACCCCAAAUGGCGGCCACAACUACCACCGCCGUCGCCGCUAUCGUCUCGCCGACCGCCAGUUCAUCCCUCUCCACUCUCAGAAACCCAAAGCCGUCCCCUUUCUUCUUUUCCAGUCCAUCCUCAACUCCACCAAAUCAAAAACCACUAAACCUGACCACCCACUUCAAAACUCUUACCCCGGUCCGCUCCUCCGCCAACCCUUCCGAUCUCUCUCCCUCCUCCUCUUCCCCCACCAACCCCCUCUCCCUCAAAUCCCGCCUCCGCGCCGGCGAGACUCUCUACGGCAUCUUCCUCCUCUCCUUCUCCCCCACUGUGGCCGAGAUCGCCGGCCUCGCCGGCUACGACUUCGCCGUCGUGGACAUGGAGCACGGCCCCGGCGGCGUCUCCGAAGCCCUCCACUGCCUCCGCGCCCUUGCCGGCACCGGCACCCCGGCGAUCCUUCGGCUUCCGGAGAGCUCCCCGACCUGGGCGAAGAAGGCCCUCGACCUCGGCCCGCAGGGCCUGAUGUUCCCGAUGAUCGACAGCCCGGAGUUGGCCCGAGAUGCAGUGUCGUACUCCCGCUUCCCGCCCGGCGGCGUCCGCGGGGCGGCCCACUCGGUGGUCCGGGCCUCCAAGUACGGGAUCGACGAAGGGUAUUUGAGUAAUUGCGAGGAGGAGCUCCUCAUCAUGUGUCAGGUGGAAUCGCAACAAGGCGUCCGAAAUGUUGAACAGAUCGCGGCCGUCGAUGGGGUGGACUGCAUCCAAAUGGGGCCAUUGGAUAUGAGCGCGAGCAUGGGGUACCUGUGGGACCCCGGGAACAAGAAGGUGAGGGAGAUGAUGAGGGCAGCCGAGAAGGGAGUGGUAGGAUGUGGCCGGGCCUAUAUGGCGGGCUUUGCGAUGCCGUUUGAUUCGCCGGAUGAUCUGAGGAAGAGAGGGUAUCACAUGGUGUCGGGUGCGGUGGACGUGGGGCUGUUCCGCGAUGCCGCUGUCGAGGACGUGAAGAUGUUCAAGAUGGGGUUGGAGGAUCAGAGCAGCGACAGCGACGGCGAGAGGGUGGAUGGGAAGGAUGCUGAUGACAAGUACUGGAGUGAGUGAGGGAGGGAGAGCAUGGAAAUUGAAUGGCAUUUCAAGCUGCAGAAAAAGAAUAUAUCCCAGAGUGUUUCGGCUUUUUCGGUCUUUUUAAGCAAUUUUGUAAAUUUGUGGAAUAUUUAUCCUGGAAAAAUGCUGAAUUAUAUGAAAUUUUCUUACUUUCUCUUGA